CACGUACUCACGUAGCACGCGAAAAGAAAUAGGAAUCGGAAAUAGUCAAGUUAGUUCCAAGUUUGUGAAGCUAAACCUUUUCGCCGUCGUGGCCGCCGCUAACCUCCCUUUAAGUUGUUAUGGAGCAGCCACAUGAUUAUUACGAGAGGAAGAGGAUGCCUUUAACAGUCACCAUACACGCCUCAAAACGGCUGCUGUCUUCGACGGUAACGCAAUCGCAGCCGCUGCCGUUACUUCCGGAUGAACUCAUCAGAGAAAUCUUGCUGAGGCUUCCGGCGAGAUCGCUGCUUCGGUUACGGAAAGUAUGUAGUUCAUGGAAAACCCUAAUUUCCAUCCCUCAAUUCGCCAAAGACCAUCUUCAACAUUCAACCGCUGCGGAUCCAAGUUUGAGUGGGCCACGAGUUGCUUAUCAUCAUAGUUGCCACUACGAAUUCGGAGAUUUCUCCUUACGCUCCUUGGUCGAGAACCCUUCCAAACCUACCGAAAUCGUUCUUUUGGAGGAGAGACUUAACCACGUAGUUAUUGGCUCUUGCAAUGGAUUGCUGUGCUUUUAUGAUGUUGUUGGCAUCAACAUCUUUGUCAGGUUGUGGAAUCCCUGUACUGGAUUAUUGACAACCCCAUCGGUGGAACGUGGGGAUUUCUUAACGGUUUUCGGCUUCGGCUAUGAUCAUGUGAACGACAAGUACAAGCUUUUUGCGAUUGUAAAUCACAUGGGGUAUCAUACAACCAAAAUUCAUACAUUUUGCCGCAACCCUUCCAAGAGAGCCAUUCAAGGUAUCCCAUUUAGCAGCAUAAAGGGUGAUCGUAAAGGGGUAUUUGUGCCUGGCACCGCUACCCUUAACUGGAUCCUGGAUUGCUUGGUUUUUUCCCUUGACUUGGUGAAGGAGACUUUUAGUGAGUUUUCCCUUCCCGUCAGUGAUCCGAAUGAUAAAACCUUCAACUUCCCAGGGUUAUGUGAGCUGAGGAACUGCCUUGCAUAUUGUUUUAAUCAUGAGAAAACUCAUUGGUUUGUGUGGAUCAUGAAGGAGUAUGGAGUGCCUAAAUCUUGGACUAAAUUGGCCAUCAUCCCCUGCCUUCCGCGUCUAACUGAUUAUCAUUUACGGCCAUUGUAUAUCUGGGGAAACAAUAUUCUUGUGGCGGUUGCAUCAAGUUUAAGGAUAGUUCUGUAUAAUUUGGAUAAUGGUAGCUUUGAAUUUCCUGUAUUGAAACCUACUCCUUCAAUAGGAUUGUUCGUCUUUGUUUAUCAAGAAAGCUUAGUUUCACCACCAUAUCCUGGCCUUCCAAGUAGCUCUUUCAGUUAAUCAAACCCUAACGGACAAGCUGUCUUCUGAAUAAUGGUUUGAUUCUAGUCAACUCCUAUGCCUUCUUUAUGAGUUUUGACUUUUGAGAAUUUAUCUCUUCUUAUUGCUUUGCUAAUUUAGUGAUUAUUUAUCUAGUUUUUUACAAAAUUAUACUACCUGUUAUGAUUAUUGCCAAUUUCAUAUUCACAUGCCCAGGCUGGAUUUGUAGGAUUAACCAUCAUUUACUAGUGUUCCUUUGCGCUUACAGUAAAUUUAUGCUUGUGAUGAAGAUCUGACCUUAGAUUCAAA